AUGAGUCUCACGGGAGAGUUAAAUUACUUCCUAUGUCUUCAAAUCAUACAACUUAAUGAAGGUACAUUUGUUUGUCAAAUUGAGUAUUGCAAGGACUUGCUAAAGAGAUUUGGCAUGGUUGAUGCAAAGUCGAUUGACACUCCGAUGGCUACAAAUGGUAACUUGGAAAGGAACGAAAACGGUAAGGAUGUGGAAGUGAAGAAAUAUCGAGGUAUGAUCGGUUAUCUUCUAUAUCUCACUGCAUCUAGGCCAGAUAUUAUGUUUAGUGUUUGUAUGUGUUCCCGAUAUCAAUCGGCUCCUAAGGAAUCCCAUCUCAAUGUCGUCAAACUCAUUUUUAGGUAUAUCCAUGGUACUUCGAAUUAUGGGAUUUGGUUUUCCAAAGGGAGUGAUUGUAGCUUAGUUGGUUACACAGAUUCCGAUUUUUCCGGUUUCAAAUCAUAUAGGAAAAGUAUUAGUGGGACUUGUCACAUAUUUUUAAAUUCCUUAGUCGGUUGGCAUAGCAAGAAACAAGUUUCAGUUUCUUUGUCUACUGCCGAGGCGGAAUACAUAGCGGCUCGUAGUUUUUAUGCUCAAAUUUUAUGGCUUAAACAAUAA